AUGGGUAUCUCUGGUCUGCUUCCGUUGCUCAAGUCUAUCCAGGUGCAGAGACAUUUGAGCGAGUUUCAAGGGCAGACGUUGGCGGUGGAUGGGUAUGUUUGGUUGCAUAGAGGGUCGUAUACAUGCGCGACGGAAUUGGCGACGGGGAAGAACACGUCGAAGUAUGUGGAGUAUGCUAUGAAAAAUGUUCGACUACUUCAGCAUUACGGGAUCACGCCCUAUCUCGUUUUCGACGGUGGACCUUUGCCCGCGAAGCGUGGUACGGAGACUGAUAGGCAGCAGCGAAGGCAGGAGAAUCUCGAAAGGGGAAAUGUUCUCGCUGCACAGGGGAGACAUAGUCAAGCGAGGGACUUCUACACCAAAUGUGUGGACGUCACCCCUCAGAUGGCUUACCAGCUCAUCAAGGCUCUGAAAGCCGAGAAUGUCCCUUACAUCGUCGCUCCCUACGAAGCCGACGCCCAACUUGCCUACCUCGAACGCCAAGGUGUCGUUCAAGGGAUAAUUACCGAAGACUCCGACCUCCUUGUCUUCGGCUGCCAGAACGUUCACUUCAAACUUGACUCCGUCAACGCAACAAUCACCUCAAUCUCGCGCUCACAGUUCUCCUCCGUCACCGCUACGUCUCCCUUCUCCAACGGGCUCUCCCUCCAAGGCUGGUCUGACGUCGAGUUUCGGGCCAUGGCGAUCUUGAGCGGAUGCGAUUAUCUGCCGAGUGUGCCCGGUGUGGGGUUGAAGACGGCGUGGACGUUGUUGAGAAAACACGGAAAGUGGGAGAAGGUGGUCAGGGCGUUGAGAUUGGAAGGAAAAAAGGAGGUCCCCAGGGGAUAUGAGGCUAUGUUCAAGAGGGCAGAGAAGGUGUUUUUACAUCAGAGGGUUUAUGAUCCCACUGUGGAGGCAUUGGUGUGUUUGGCGGAAAUACCGGAGGGGGACGUAUGGAGUGAGGAGGAUAUGGCGUAUAUUGGAGAGUGA